AUAAAUUUUUUCCGAUUGUUUGACUGUAUAUGAUGAUCUAAAUGUGAUCGCACCAUUAUUUGAUUGUUGGCAACAACAAUCAACUGUAACUGCGUCGAUUUUUACAGUGAUUACUAUUAACUUGACGAAGAACUGCACACAGCACAAGUGUAAUACGAUUUACAACUAUUUACUGUAUAUAAUCGUGUGCGAAAAUGGCGGACGCUGCAGCUCGUCAACUGCAGUAUGAAUAUAAAGCGAAUUCCAAUCUCGUUUUACAAGCCGACGUUCGAUUGAUAGAAAGACGAAGCCGUGAUGAGGCCACCGGUGAGGUUAUGUCCCUUUCGGGAAAGCUGGAUGGUACACGUAUGGGUGACAGAGCCCAGCGUACUAAACCAGGAAAGGCCGAGGAGAGAAAAGUCAAGCGUCAGAAACGUGAUGAAGCACAGUACAAUUUCACACGCAUGAAAGGAGCGACAUUGCUGUCUGAGGGUGUGGACGAAAUGGUUGGUAUAGUAUAUCGUCCAAAGACGCAAGAAACGCGUCAGACUUACGAGGUGUUGCUCAGUUUCAUACAAGAGGCUUUAGGUGAUCAACCCCGCGACAUUCUUUGCGGAGCAGCUGAUGAGGUAUUAGCUGUCCUUAAGAACGAUCGCUAUAAAGAGAAAGAAAAGAAGAAAGAGACGGAACUUCUGCUGGGCCCGCUGGCGGAAGAGAGAUUCGCGCUGCUUGUGAAUCUUGGGAAAAAGAUCACGGAUUUCGGCAGUGAGGAAAAGAGCACGGGAAACGAAGAAAAUAUUGACGAAACGUACGGAAUUAACGUACAGUUCGAGGAAAGUAGCGAGGACGAUGACGAGGAUGUGUACGGAGAGGUUCGAGAAAACGACGACGAAGGUGACGAAGGCGAAGAAGCUAAUGACAACAGAGCGAUUCACGCGGAGAAUUUGGGUGGAACAGAAGAAAUGAAGAAAGAAAAACCGCUGCACCCGUUAGACAUAGAUGCGUAUUGGUUACAGAGAAGAUUAAGUAGAAUAUACGACGACGCGAUGGUUUCGCAAGCAAGAGCCGCCGAGGUGCUGGCUGUUUUGAAAAACGCUGCUGAUGAUCGCGAGUGCGAGAAUCAACUGGUUCUUCUGCUGGGUUACGAUUGUUUCGACUUUAUUAAACAGCUGAAAAAAUACAGGCACACAGUUGCGUACUGUACAAUGCUGGCCUCGUCACAGUCCGAAUCUGAAAGACAAAAAAUUCGAAACAAAAUGAAUGACGAUCCGAUGUUGGCGAAAAUCUUGCGGCAGUUGGACACGGGCAAAGGCGACGACGAUGCUGACGAAACGAUGGAAGCAAGAGCGCAACGUAAAAGACGGGAAGAGAACGAGGACACGGGAGGACCCGGCGGACAGGUUCAGGGAACAAGAAACCUGAUAGAUUUGGAAGAUUUGAUAUUCGCUCAGGGAAGUCACUUCAUGGCAAACAAACGUUGUCAGUUGCCUGAUGGUAGUUUUCGAAAGCAACGAAAAGGAUACGAAGAAGUUCACGUUCCUGCUUUAAAACCGAAGCCAUUUGCAGAUAACGAAAAGCUGCACCCGAUCGAACAGUUGCCCAAAUACGUGCAACCCGCUUUUGAAGGUUUCAAGACAUUAAAUCGUAUACAAAGUCGUUUGUAUCAAACAGCUUUGGAAAGCGACGAGAAUCUGUUGCUAUGCGCUCCGACCGGAGCCGGUAAAACAAACGUGGCUCUGCUGUGCAUGAUGCGAGAAAUUGGAAAGCACAUAAACGCCGACGGUACGAUCAAUGCGGACGAGUUCAAAGUGAUUUACGUCGCACCGAUGCGUUCACUGGUUCAGGAAAUGGUUGGCAACUUCCGCAAGCGACUGUCGACGUACAAUCUCACCGUCUCCGAGUUAACGGGUGAUCAUCAGUUGACGCGGGAGCAAAUUGCCGCUACGCAGGUGAUAGUGUGCACUCCGGAGAAAUGGGAUAUUAUAACGAGAAAGGGUGGCGAGAAAACCUUCACGUCGCUGGUGCGACUGAUCAUUAUCGAUGAGAUUCAUUUGUUGCACGACGAGAGAGGUCCUGUCCUGGAGGCAUUGGUCGCAAGGACGAUACGAAACAUCGAAACUACCCAAGAGGAUGUGCGACUCGUCGGAUUGUCGGCUACAUUACCCAAUUAUCAAGACGUUGCGGCGUUUUUACGUAUCAAACCGGAAACGGGGCUGUUCUACUUCGACAACAGUUUCCGUCCCGUGGCUCUGGAACAGCAGUACAUCGGCGUCACCGAGAAAAAAGCGUUGAAGCGCUUUCAGGUGAUGAACGAGAUCGUUUAUGAGAAAACUAUGGAGCAUGCCGGCAGAAAUCAGGUCUUGAUAUUCGUGCACUCUCGCAAGGAAACCGGCAAAACGGCGCGCGCCAUCAGAGACAUGUGUCUAGAGAAGGAUACUCUGGGUCAGUUUCUCAGAGAAGGUUCCGCAUCGAUGGAGGUUCUGCGAACGGAAGCGGAGCAAGUGAAGAAUCAAGAGCUCAAGGACUUGUUGCCGUACGGUUUCGCGAUUCAUCAUGCCGGGAUGACUCGAGUGGAUCGUACUCUGGUAGAAGAUCUGUUCGCUGACAGACAUAUACAGGUUCUUGUGUCUACAGCUACUUUAGCUUGGGGCGUUAAUCUACCGGCUCACACCGUAAUCAUCAAGGGAACGCAAAUCUAUAAUCCAGAGAAGGGCAGAUGGGUGGAGUUAGGCGCUCUGGAUGUUCUGCAAAUGUUGGGACGAGCCGGUCGACCGCAAUACGACACCAAGGGCGAGGGUAUUCUCAUAACAAAUCACAGCGAAUUGCAGUAUUACCUGUCUCUUUUGAAUCAACAACUUCCCAUCGAAUCACAAUUGAUUAGUAAGAUGUCCGACAUGUUGAACGCGGAGGUGGUGCUGGGUACAAUUCAAAACAUCAGAGAUGCGGUCACCUGGCUUGGCUAUACUUAUCUUUACAUCAGAAUGCUUCGUUGUCCGACUCUGUACGGAAUAAGUCACGAUAAGCUGAAACAGGAUCCUCUGUUGGAACUACACAGAGCUGAUCUGAUCCAUUCGGCCGCCAUCGGAUUGGAUCGUAGCGGCUUGAUCAAAUACGAUCGUAAAUCCGGCAACUUUCAGGCGACCGAGUUAGGCAGAAUAGCGUCUCAUUAUUAUUGCACUCAUGACACAAUGUCCACGUACAAUCAGUUGCUGAAACGCACGUUGAGCGAGAUAGAAUUGUUCCGCGUGUUCUCACUGUCCAGCGAAUUCAAGAACAUAAAUGUCAGAGAAGAGGAAAAAUUGGAGUUACAAAAACUGAUGGAGAGAGUGCCGAUUCCGGUGAAAGAGAGCAUCGAAGAACCGAGCGCAAAGGUGAAUGUUCUUUUGCAAGCGUAUAUCUCGCAAUUGAAACUCGAAGGAUUUGCUCUAAUGUCUGACAUGGUGUUCGUGACACAAUCCGCUUCUCGUCUUAUGAGAGCUAUCUUCGAGAUAGUCCUGUUUCGUGGUUGGGCUCAACUGGCGGACAAAUGUUUGUCCCUUUGCAAGAUGAUCGAUCGUAGAAUGUGGCAGUCCAUGUCGCCGCUCAGACAGUUUCGCAAGAUGCCAGAGGAGAUCGUCAAGAAAAUUGAAAAAAAGAACUUCCCGUGGGAAAGAUUAUACGAUUUGGGCCCCAACGAGAUCGGAGAAUUGAUUCGCGUGCCGAAACUGGGCAAGACAAUUCAUAAGUACGUUCAUCAGUUCCCGAAAUUAUGUCUGUCGACGCAUAUUCAGCCUAUCACGCGCUCCACCCUACGUGUUGUGCUCACUAUUACGCCGGAUUUCCAGUGGGACGAAAAGAUUCACGGUAUGUCGGAAGCGUUUUGGAUCCUGGUCGAGGACGUGGACUCGGAAGUGAUAUUGCAUCACGAGUACUUCUUACUGAAAGCAAAGUACGCAACCGACGAACACAUAAUCAAAUUCUUCGUACCGGUGUUCGAGCCUCUGCCGCCGCAAUAUUUCCUGCGAGUUGUGUCUGAUCGAUGGAUCGGCGCGGAGACGCAAUUGCCCGUGAGUUUUCGACAUCUGAUACUACCGGAAAAAAAUCUACCUCCUACGGAACUGCUGGAUCUGCAAGCGUUACCAAUCACGGCGCUGCGAAAUACCAAAUUCGAGAGCAUCUACUCCGAGUUUCCGCAAUUCAAUCCGAUUCAAACGCAAGUGUUCAAUGCGGUCUACAAUUCGGACGAUAAUGUAUUCGUCGGUGCGCCCACGGGUUCGGGAAAGACGACCAUUGCGGAAUUUGCGGUGCUAAGAUUGCUAACGCAAAACCCGGACGGUCGUUGCGUGUACAUGGUGAGCAAAGAGGCCUUGGCUGAACUGAUCUACGCCGAUUGGACAGUGAAAUUCAAUCAACAACUGGGCAGAAAGGUCGUUCUUCUGACCGGUGAGACGGGAACGGAUUUGAAACUGCUGGCCAAAGGACAGAUCAUUAUUACUACAGCAGACAAAUGGGAUGUGUUGUCACGUAGAUGGAAACAACGGAAAAACGUGCAGAACAUACAGUUGUUUAUCGUAGACGAGCUACAGCUGAUCGGUGGCGAAGAGGGUCCUGUACUGGAGGUCGCGUGCUCACGAGCGCGUUAUAUCUCCUCGCAACUCGACAAACCCACCAGAAUAAUAGCGUUGUCUGCUUCGUUGGCCGACGCAAAGGACGCAGCUCAAUGGUUAGGUGCGCCAGCGGCAGCGACCUUCAAUUUCCACCCGUCUGUGCGACCGGUGCCUCUAGAGUUGCAUGUACAAGGUAUAAAUGUAACUCAUAACGCGUCAAGAUUGGCCGCCAUGGCGAAACCGGUAUACAACGCGAUUCUACGACAUGCCGAGCAUAAGCCGGUGAUUGUGUUUGUACCUACUCGACGACAAGCAAGAUUAACAGCUAUUGAUCUAUUGACGUUCACGGCGGCCGAGGGUCAACCAUCGAGGUUCUUCCAUGCGGAAGAGGCCGACAUCAAGCCGUUCCUCGACCGGAUGGUCGACAAAACAUUGAAAGAAACUCUAUCACAAGGCGUGGCUUAUCUUCACGAGGGUUUAUCUACUGACGAUCGUCGCUUAGUGGAACAACUAUUUGACAGCGGCGCUAUCCAAGUGGCAGUCGCGACGAGGGAUCUUUGCUGGGGUCUAUCUAUUAAUUCGCAUCUUGUUGUGGUUAUGGACACACAAUGUUACAACGGUAAAACGCACGCGUACGAGGACUAUCCGAUCACUGAUGUUUUGCAGAUGGUGGCGCGAGCCAAUCGUCCGCUGGAGGAUGAAGACGCCAAGUGCGUGCUCUUGUGUCAGAGCUCGAAGAAAGAUUUCUUCAAAAAAUUCUUGAACGAACCGUUACCAGUGGAGAGUCAUCUAGAUCGCCGGCUCCACGAUCACUUCAACGCGGAGAUCGUUACGAAAACGAUCGAGAACAAGCAGGACGCCGUCGAUUAUCUCACGUGGACUUUCCUUUAUCGACGACUUACUCAAAAUCCUAACUAUUACGGUCUGCAAGGUGUUACGCAUCGGCAUCUCUCGGAUCAUUUAUCCGAACUGGUCGAAAGCACAUUAACAGACUUGGAACAGGCCAAAUGCGUCGCCAUAGAAGAUGAAAUGGACACCUUGCCGCUCAAUUUGGGAAUGAUUGCUGCUUAUUAUUACAUCAAUUACGCCACUAUCGAAUUGUUCAGCUUGUCUCUCAACAACAAGACGAAGAUCAGAGGUUUAUUAGAAAUUAUUUCGGCAGCUGCUGAAUACGAAAGCGUUCCGGUGCGACAGAGAGAAGAGAAUUUACUUAGAAGUCUGGCUGCGCGUCUACCUCAUGCGCCACAGGUCACAAGAAUGGCCGAUCCUCAUGUGAAGGCACAGCUUCUGCUACAGGCUCAUCUAUCGAGGAUACAGCUUGGUCCAGAAUUGCAGAAAGAUACCGAACUGGUGCUGGGCAAAGCCGUGAGAUUAAUACAAGCCUGCGUCGAUGUGCUGAGCUCUUCUGGAUGGUUAGCACCUGCCGUCGCUGCUAUGGAACUUGCGCAGAUGGUGACGCAAGCAAUGUGGUCCAAGGACUCUUAUCUGAAACAACUACCGCAUUUCACCGCAGAAACCAUUAAACGUUGCACCGACAAAGGCGUGGAAACGGUGUUUGACGUGAUGGAGCUCGAGGAUGACGACAGAAAUCGAUUGUUGCAACUGACCGACGCGCAGAUGGCGGAUGUUGCUAAAUUCUGCAAUCGUUAUCCUAACAUCGAGAUGUCUUACGAGGUGCAAGAUAAGGACAAGCUUCACAGCGGUGGCACUGUGAAUGUGAUUGUACAAUUGGAACGUGAGGACGAGGUCACCGGACCGGUCGUCGCUCCGUUCUUCCCGCAGAAACGUGAGGAAGGCUGGUGGGUGGUAAUCGGUGAUCCGAAGAGUAACUCGCUAUUGUCUAUCAAACGGCUGACGUUACAACAAAAAGCGAAAAUUAAAUUGGACUUUGUUGCUCCGGCACCCGGUCAACAUUCCUACACUUUGUACUUUAUGAGCGACGCCUAUCUCGGUUGCGAUCAGGAAUAUAAGUUUACCAUAAACGUCGGGGAAUAUGAAUCGGAUGCAAGCUCGGGUUCGGAUUCUGAUUAAAGCUAUUUAAAUCCAAUAUCCGGUUAUUUUGUCGUAUUUUCCUCCAUUUUGUAUAACAUUUUUAUUUAUCACAAGCAAAAAUCAUUCUGUUGAAAUCUUAUUCUCUUAUUUCUUAACAUUAAAAUCUGUCAAAAGAAUGUGCACAGCAAAUUAAUAAGAAAACUUAUUAUCAACUCAGAUUUAAAAAAGAAAUAGAUAUAUUGUCAUAGAUAAUUAUUGUUAAAUAACUAGGAAUAAAAUUUAUAUUUAAAUAUUAUUUAUAAAUAGAUUAUUACUUGAAGUAUCUCUCUCCUGUUUCUUCAUUGCGCGACAUCAAACAUGCAUUUUAUAGAGACAUCAUUUAAAUGAGCGAUUAAGGCACGUUUGAAACAUUUUUAUAUAAAUGAUACAAUUUUAUUUUAAAUCUUCAUUUAAUGUAUAUCCACAAGAGAGAUGAAGAAAGUAUUUUAAUCUAUCUUAUUUCUACGUACGUGUGUAUUUUGUAUGUAUAUAUAUAUACAUAUAUAUAUAUAUAUAUGUAAUAUAGGUAUAUGUUUUUAGUGUAUACAUUCUCUCUUCUAUAUAUUUCAUAUAUAUGUAUAUAUAUGUAUAAUAUAUAAUAUAUAUUUCACAUAUAUAUAUAUAUAAUAUCCACUUCAUCAUAUAUUAAUAUUAAUGCGAGCACAUCUACAUAUUUUAUAGUUUGUUGAUCUAUUCAUAAAUGCAUACCUGUAUUUUUUUUUUCUUUUUUUUUACACCAA